GUCACGGUUCGGCACCGUUCUUGGCAGGUGGGGCACGAUCGGAGGACCCUGCGGGGCCGGGCCCGCCGGGCCGCCAUGUGUUUCGGGCAAUUAUUACCAGGUAGCGCAGCAGUUUUGCGAACGGGUCGCGAGAUCAAACUGCUGGCCGUGACAGCGACAUACCUUCGCUACUCGAGUUGCGCGAGGCAGAGAAUGUGGGCGACGCGAAGGAUGGCUUCAGAUCUAAAUAGGACGUUCACUUCGCCUGCGCUCACUUUCGAGCUGGUAGCCCGAUGCUCGAAAACCCGGGCCCGCGCGUCGAUCCUCACCCUGCCGCACGGCACCGUCAACCUCCCAAUCUUCAUGCCUGUGGCCACUCAGGCAUCACUGAAAGGCCUCACCCCAGAACAGCUCGAGAGCACAGGAUGCCGACUCUGCCUCAAUAACACAUACCAUCUCGGCCUCAAGCCGGGCCAGGAAGUGCUGGACGCCGUCGGAGGUGCGCACAAACUGCAGGGAUGGAAUCACAACAUCCUCACAGAUAGUGGCGGGUUCCAGAUGGUCUCGCUGCUCGAACUCGCCAACAUCACCGAGGAGGGCGUGCGCUUCCUCUCCCCACAUGACGGGUCGCCCAUGUUACUCACCCCCGAGCACUCGAUGAGCCUGCAGAACUCGAUCGGCUCCGACAUCAUGAUGCAGCUCGACGACGUGCUGGUGACCACGUCGCCCGACAAGGCACGCAUGCGCGAGGCCAUGGAGCGCAGCGUGCGGUGGCUUGAUCGCUGCAUCGCGGCACACAAGCACCCGGACAGGCAGAACCUGUUCUGCAUCAUCCAGGGCGGGCUGGAUCUGGACAUGCGCCGUGAGUGCUGUCGCGAGAUGCUGGCGAGGGAUACGCCGGGCAUUGCGAUCGGCGGGCUGAGUGGCGGCGAGGCGAAGGACGACUUCUGCAGGGUUGUCGCCGCCUGCACCGAGCUCCUGCCCGACCUCAAGCCGCGCUAUGUCAUGGGGAUCGGGUAUCCGGAGGAUCUGGUGGUGAGCGUGGCGCUCGGGGCCGACAUGUUUGACUGCGUGUGGCCGACUCGCACGGCUCGGUUCGGCAACGCUAUUACGAAGCACGGUGUACUCAACAUGAAGAGGGAGAUGUACGCGACUGAUUUCGGGCCCAUCGAGGACGGCUGCGGCUGUCCGUGCUGUAGGCCAAUCGAGGAAGAGGGGGGCAUGGGCAUUACGAGAGCGUUUGUCCACCACAAUGCCGCAAAGGAGACGGUAGCGGCGCAUCUGUUGACGCUGCAUAAUGUGUGGUACCAACUGAAUCUGAUGAGACAGGCAAGGGAGGCUAUCAUAGAGGACAGAUUCCCGGCGUUUGUGCAAGAGUUCUUUAAGAACCUAUACCCAGAUAGAAACAGCUACCCAUCGUGGGCGGUGGCCGCGUUGAGGGGCGUGGGUAUAGAUUUGUUAGAAACAUAGAUGGCUCCUCAACACAUCAUCGCUCGGAAAGGCGUAGGUCUCCUAAAACCUCAUGCAUAGCGGAUAAGUCGGGCACAUAAGCGUUUAUGUACUUUCCGUCACGGGGGAAAAGCAGGUCUCUCCACAGCCACUCUUAUACAGCCUCGGA